AUGUUAACUGAAUGGGAUGUGAUCGGUCCAUUCCCAUCGGCACCAAGAGAGGAUGGUGCUGAUGUGCUUGAUGCAUUCGGUGGCAUCACUGGCAUCCCACGUGCCGACCAGACCACCUACCCCACAGACAUCACUGACAAUGGCCGUGCUGGCUGGACCCACAUGACCGUGCCAAACGGCGUCGUCAACAUCAACUAUAACGAAUCACAGGGUGUCAACUGGCCCCUUAUCGAGGCGUGGGCUGGAUCAUCCGGCUCCUACUUUGCUGGCUGGGCGCUGUCCGACUUUACAAUCAGCUCGCCAAUGACCGUGAUCACAUCGUGUCAGGGCACUGCCAGAUACUACCUCGACAAUGUGCCAAUGAUGGGCGACUCAUACAGCUCCGGUCUAUCAUACGGAUCGGCCACACUCCAGCCCGGCACUCACACAGUCCGUGUUCGCAUCAUUGGAUCUGAGGGCGCAGGCUUCGUCUGCACCGUUCAAGGCUACGACGCAGUCGAGUCAGCACCAUUGUUGUUGCUCAACGAUGUGCUCGUGUCUGAUGUCGUCCAGGGCUCAUUCGCCUCAAAGUACGCCUCGUUCGUCGUGCUCAACAUGAUGCCACAGCCAGUGCAAGUUGUCGGCGCGACCACCUCCUAUCCAUUCUUGGUGGAGGUGAUCCAGCGUUUGGAGCCAAUCGCCGUCGGUCAGAUGGCACCAAUCAACAUCCAGCUCUACUCGUACGCCGAGCAGAUCGAGUGCACCAGCGCCAAUGUUGUCUCAAUCCCCAUCAACAUCAGCACAGACGCAUCCUCAGUGGACCUCCAGGUGCUCCUGAACUUCUCCUGCAAGCCCUUUGGCGAGGCCUACAUCUUCACCUUCCUGGACUUUGACAACUCUGUGCAGUACGCCGCUGCCACACCUCCCCUCUAUGAGUGUGGUGCCGACAUCAAAUGUCCAAUCCUGCUGACACUACACGGUGCUGGUGUCGAGGCCAGCUCCACCGCUUGGACUGGUGCCUACCAACGCCAGAACUACUCCUGGACACUGUUCCCAACCAACAGACGUAACUAUGGCUGGGACUGGCAGGGACCAGGAUUGAGAAACGCCUUCAGCGCACUCGAUGUCCUUUCAAACCAACUCCCAGGUGUACCACAUAACCUCACUGAUCAAUAUGGCGCCGAUCAAUAUCGUCUCCUUUACGCAGGACACAGCAUGGGUGGACAUGGAUGCUGGCACGUAUCUACUCAUUAUCCUGAUCGUGCACUGUCUAUUUCACCUGCUGCCGGAUGGAUUGAUAUGCAGGUGUACUCUCCAUUCUUCUUGAGACUGGGAGACAGCUGGACCGACCCAUUCGUUCGCUUCAUUCUGGACGCAUCUAUCUCUGAGCACAACACAGAUAUGUACGUGGGCAACAUUGCCAACAUCCCCUUGUUGGCUCGCUUUGGCUCAAUCGACAACAACGUGCCACCCUACCAUCUGCGCCGCAUGGUGCGUCUCUACGACGAGAUCAACCACAACAACACUGUUGGCCUCAUCUCAGAGAUCCCAGGCGAGGGCCAUUGGUUUAACGGAGUUGUUGACGACGCCAUCAUGCAGGCAUUCUUCAACAUCCACGUCAAGAGCGACAUCCCAGCUCUGCAGACUCAGUUCGAUGUGACCACUCUCAACCCUGCUUCGUCCGGCUCCAAGGGUGGCAUCAACAUCGUGCAGCUGCUCCAGCCAUACCGUGUGGCCAAGAUCAGAGUGCAGCAGCAGACCUCGACCGUGUGGAAGCUCAUCACCCAGAACGUGCGCCGCUUUGGCUUUGACCCAUACUUUGAGCAGCAGCCCACAACCGUGAUCAUCGAUGGUCAAACCUUUGCCUACGCCGCCAUGCCCAACCAGCACUUCUGUCAGCUGCAGCAGGGACGCUGGGCCGUGUGUGAGGACCAGUCAUGGCUGUUCACCGAGAGAAACCCAUCCAACUACGGCCCCGUCGUCCAGAUCCUGCAGUCGCCAUUGAUCUUUGUCGUGGGUACCACGGGCCCAAAGGCUCAGACCGACCUUUACCUCCAGCUGGCCACAUACAUGUCCAACAUGUUCUACUACCAGAUGCGUUACGCUAUUGAGGUGAUGCCCGACACAGACUUCAUCCCCGAGCUCCUUGACAACUCGAGCGUCGUUCUGUUUGGAGGCCCGCGCAACAACGAGGUCGCCUACAAGUUCCAGAACGAGUUCCCGGUCAAGUUUAGCGAGCAGGGUCCUGGAUGGACCAUUGGACAGAGUGAGUUCAACACACCAGCCACUGGUGUGCUCUUCAUUGCACCAUGCAGCCAGCGUCCCAACGAGUAUCGUCAGGGAUGUAUGUUUGCCGUGUUGGAGGGUACCGAUGAGGCCGGUAUCACCAAGUCCAUCUCGUUGUUCCCCACCAAGUCAGCGUUUGCCACACCAGACUUUGCCGUAGCCGGACCAACCUAUGGCUACAGUGGAUCGGCUGGUCUUCAAGCACUCGGCUUCUGGGACAACCAUUGGCAAUUCGAUCCAACCAACUCCUACAUAUCCUACAUCCAACAUUAA